UUGCGUUCGCCCGCCGCCCGGCGCCGGGGAGCGACGCUUUGCAGCUCAGCGUCGCCGCUUCCAACACGGGGUGGUUGAACUAAGCCUCCGUCGCAUCAAGUGGGUUGUACUACCGGCACCCACAGCCACCCGCACCCCGGCCUGCUGGUGGUCGGAGAAAUCAGGUCCCUACUGGGCCUCCGUAGUCACCUCUCCGUAGUGGGCGUGGCCGAGGCCGGGGUGACCCUGCCGGAGCCACCGCUGCCAGCGACAUGUUCAAGGUAAUUCAGAGGUCUGUGGGGCCAGCCAGCCUGAGCUUGCUUACCUUCAGAGUCUACGCAGCACCAAAAAAGGACUCACCUCCUAAAAAUCCCGUGAAGGUUGAUGAGCUUUCUCUCUACUCAGUUCCCGAGGGUCAAUCUAAAUAUGUGGACGAGCCAAGGUCCCAACUUGAAGAAAGCAUCUCACAGCUCCGACAUUACUGUGAGCCAUAUACAACUUGGUGUCAGGAAACAUACUCCCAAACUAAGCCCAAGAUGCAAAGUUUGGUUCAAUGGGGAUUAGACAGCUAUGAAUAUCUCCAAAAUGCACCUCCUGGAUUUUUUCCAAGACUUGGUGUUAUUGGUUUUGCUGGCCUUGUUGGACUCCUUUUGGCUAGAGGUUCAAAAAUAAAGAAACUGGUGUAUCCGCCUGGCUUCAUGGGAUUAGCUGCUUCUCUCUAUUAUCCACAACAAGCCAUCUCAUUUGCCCAGGUCAGUGGGGAGAGAUUAUAUGAUUGGGGUUUACGAGGAUACAUAGUCAUGGAAGAUUUAUGGAAGGAAAACUUUCAAAAGGCAGGAAAUGUGAAGAAUUCACCCGGAAAUAAGUAGAAAACUCUAUGCUCUGCCCAUUUUCAUCAGUUAUAGGUAAACAUUGGAAACGCCAUACAGUAAAUCCGUAUUUCUACAGAAAAAUGGCAGAGAAGUCAGCAUUGAAUGUAUUAAACUGACUUUCUUCUUCAGAAUAAACUAUACUCGGCCUCUGUUCUCUUGGGCGAUGCCAUCCUACAAGCAAACUAAUCUGAAAUCCUUUCACCUAGAGAUAAUGUACAAGCCUUAGAACUCUUUGUUCUCAUGUUGCUAUUUAUGUACAUAAUUAAAAUCCAAGUUUAAAAAAA